AUGCAGAACCCCUCAUGUUUGCUAUAUGGGCCUGGAGACGCUCGUUUCGAAAAUAUCUCCCUCCCAACCAUCGAAGACCCCUACGAUGUAAUAAUUCGCAUCGCGUACGUCGGCGUCUGUGAAAGCGAUGUCCAAUUAUGGCUCCACGGCGGCAUAAACAAAUGCGUUUCCCCAGAACGCCCUCUAGUGAUGGGCCACGAAGCCUCAGGAAUUGUCUACGCCGUCGGCCCCUCAGUCACAAACCUCCAACCAGGCGAUCCAAUUGCCAUAGAACCAGGCUAUCCCUGCCGUCGCUGUCGGCACUGUAAAUCAGGCAAAUAUAAUCUUUGCCCGGACAUGCGGUUCGCAGCCGCUCCGAGUCCACCGUUCCAUGGGACUUUAUCAAAGUACUACAAACUCCCCGCGGACUGCUGCUACAAGCUCCCGACUAAUACGGCCCCUCUAACGCCACUCGGCUUGGACGAAGCCGUUCUCAUCGAGCCGCUGGCCGUGGCCGUGCAUUCUGUCCGAGCCGUUGGUGUGCAGCCUGGCGAUAAAGUCGUUGUCUUUGGGGCUGGGGCGGUAGGCCUACUUUGCGCGGCUGUGGCGCGGGAGUUCGGGGCACGAAUGAUUACAUCUGUGGAUUUGAGCCGGGAGAGGCUUGAUUUUGCGCACUCGUUUGUUCCGGGAAGCAGUAGUCAAGGUCAAGGUCAAGGUCAAGGUUACAGGGUAGGAUUUUCCACGGCGAUUCCGAACCCCGCGCUCUCGGCGGAGGAGAAUGCGCAAUGUUUACGUGUGCAUCGGUCAUCUGUACUGGAUGAUGAGCCGGGCUUUGACGUCGCGAUUGAAGCAACGGGGUCCGAGUCGUGUAUUCAAAUGGCGAUUUAUGCGCUCCGGGUUGGGGGCUCGUUUGUGCAGACGGGGAUGGGAAGGGACAGGGUUGUUGAGUUUCCGAUUUCGGUGGUUGCGGAGAAUGAGAUUUGCGUUAAGGGGUGUUUUCGGUAUGGGGCUGGUGAUUAUCGAAUGGCGGUUGAGUUGGCGAUUUUGAAGAAGAUUGAGCUUAGGCCGUUUAUUACGAAGGUUGUGCCGUUUGAGAAGGCUGUUGAGGCCUGGGAGACGACGAGGCGCGGGGAGGGGAUCAAGACGCUUAUUCGUGGGGUCGGGUUUUCGGAUGCGAGUGAGUGUCAACGGGGUGGUUCGCCUGUUUCUGUGAGGAGGGAGGAGGGAAGUGUCAUAUAUGAAGUUAAGAAGCUUUAA